GAAAGGAGACUGAGAAAGCCAAAGAUAGGUGUGAUAAAGCCACUAUGAAGCUUCAUAUGUUGCAUAAUCAGUAUGUGUUGGCACUGAAAGGAGCACAGUUACAUCAGCACCAGUAUUAUGAUACUACGCUUCCUCUGUUACUUGAUUCGCUACAGAAGAUGCAAGAAGAGAUGAUUAAAGCCCUAAAAGGGAUCUUGGAUGAGUAUAGCCAGAUCACCAGUCUUGUAACAGAGGAGAUUGUGAAUGUCCAUAAAGAGAUCCAGACCUCGGUUGAACAGAUAGAUCCUGACUCUGAGUAUAAUGACUUCAUAGAUACUCACAGGUCAUCAGAAGCUGUUGAGCAAGAAAUAGAGUUUGAUACGUCUUUACUAGAAGAAAAUGAAAACCUUCAAGCUAAUGAGAUCAUGUGGAAUAAUCUAACAGCAGAAAGUUUACAAGUCACGUUAAAAACAGUAAUAGAAGAACUGAUUCAGACACAGCAAACCCUUUUGAGCAAAGAGGAACUUGUGUUGGAACUAGAGAAAAAAAUAGAAGAGUCCUCUAAGACUUGUGAAAAGAAGUCUGAUAUUGUACUCUUGCUGAGCCAAAAGCAAGCGCUGGAAGAACUUAAGCAAACAGUUCAGCAAUUAAGAUGCUCUGAGGCAAAAUUUGCAGCCCAGAAAGAACUACUGGAACAAAAGGUUCAAGAGAAUGAUGGGAAAGAGCCACCACCUGUAGUGAAUUAUGAAGAAGAUGCCAGAUCAGUCACUUCGAUG